AUGCCCGCGUCCGGCGCGGAUAUUUUCCGCCCCCGGCCCCUCUCCCAGUGGUCGGCGGGCGGUCAGGACAUUUCGACACGUGGCGUGCGGCCAUUCGCCGUUUCCUACCUCCCCGCAUUGAACGCCAACGCCCCACUCACCCUCAUAGCCCGGACCGCGCGUCGAUCACGACAGCUCUGCCGGAAUUCACGGAACCCCGAGCGGCUUCUAUUCGUCGCCUCCGCGGAUCGCGCGCGCUCGAAUGGGGGGGCGCAUAGAGGGGAGGACUGGGGGAGGGGGAGCGGAAGGUGGGUUGGCGGAAGGUGGGGGAGCGGGAGGUGGGAUGGGGGGGGCGACUGGGGGCGGAACCAGUCUUCCCCGCGCUCGGCUGGAGGGGCACGGGGGGGGGACGACUGGGGGAGGGGGACGGCGGCGGAGGGGCGGAACUGGGCGAGGGGACGGUGGGGAGGCGCCGAUGAUUGGGGAAGCGGAAGGACGGGAGGGGGAGGGGGAAGGGGAGGCGAGAGGGGGAGAAACAGCAGGGCGGAAUGGGAGAGGGGAGGGCCUUGGCGGGCGAACUGGGGGGACCAAUCAGAAAGCAGAAGAAACGAGGGCGGCAGGGAGGAGGGCAGCGGGAACUGGGGUGGAAGGGGCGAGGGCAGUGGUAGCAAUGCAGGUGGUGGGGUUGCAGGUGGGGGGGACCACUAUGUGACCUUGGGAGUGUCGCGGCGCGCCAGCAAGCAGGAGAUAAAAACGGCCUUCAGACGGCUGGCACGCAAGUGUCAUCCUGACGUGGCACGUCACCACCAGUCCACCCAGGCGUUCCGAGCCAUUCUGGCUGCUUAUGAGGUACUAUCUGAUGAGCAGCAGCGGCAGCGCUACAACUUCACCCUGCCACCACCUCCAGCCGCUGCAGCAGCUGACGCCAGGCCCUUCUGGAACCAAAACAGACGUCCCUCCGCCGCUGCUGCUGCAGCCACUGCAGCAUCGGCAGCAGCAGCAGCAGCAGCAGCAGCAUCACCUUCUUACUCCUCUGCCACACCCCCGGAUGAUACGGGCGACUGGUGGGACGGCGGCGUUGGUGGCGGUGGUGGUGUGGCUGGGAGGGCAGGUGGCGGCUCAGCUCUCGAUUUCUCCUCUCGUGUUGGCUCUCCUCGCUUCCAGGUUGACCCCUCUCUGGGACCAAAGCUGAUUCCUACGGCCCCUCGAAUGUGCACCGUUGGUGAAGGUGGUGGUGUGGCUGGGAUGGCAGGCUGUGGCGCAGCUGUCGAUUUCACUGCUCGUGCUGGCCCUGCUGGCGUCAAGGUUGACUCCCCUCUCUGA